CCAUGUGUAUCAUCUAUUAGUUUGUUCAGUCCCUGUUCCCGCUCCUUAUCUGUUUUUAGAAUAUCACAACACUACACACCUUGAAUCUCAAUAUCCAUAGAUCUAAUUGUUACUCUGUACAUGUAAUCCUCAGGUGUUUAUGAGGCCUUAAAAUGGCACAGAUCAAACCGGCUGGCUGGGAAUGUGUUGAUAUCAUGCAGUGUGACCUGGCAUAGCUAUUGCUCAGACAAUUUGACUUAAUCUUGACCCAUAUUAACCUUCCCUGAAAGCUUAUUGCCUGUUUGCUUAUUUCAUCGAAAUCAAAGAUAUAAAGCCAGUUUCCAGUUAUUAUGGCUGUUCUCUGUGCCACUGCCAUUAAUAACAUUUAUGCAUUUGGCAGACGCUUUUAUCCAAAACAACUUACAGAGCCCUUAUUACAUGGACAAUCCCCCUGGAGCAACCUGGAGUUAAGUGCCUUGCUCAAGGACACAAUGGUGGUGGCAGUGGGGCUCGAGCCAGCAUCCUUCUGAUUACCAGAUUACCAGUUAUGUGCUUAGACCACUACACCAACACCACUCACAGGCCCCAACACCGCAUUUUGGAUAUCUCCCAUUUGGAUAUAUUGGGUGUGUCAGAAAAGGGAGAGAUACAAAAUGGGGGAUUACUUUUGGACAAAAAUAUAUAGAGAAAAUUCUAUAAUAAAAGUUCUACUAUUACUGUAGUUUAUGCAACAUGCAGUCCCUGUAUGUGUUGCUGGACACCAGCAUAUGUUGUUGUUGUUGUUUUGUGGAUGCUGGUAUGAUGGUGUCCCCUCCAGGCUUCUUAACCAGCAAGCCUCCCUUGGUCAAUCAGCUUUACCAGGAAGAAUUGGUUCUUCUAUACCUACAUUUUUACAAAAUGACUUUUACAUGGCUUGUUCUAAGUACCGUGAAAUGCACCAGGAACCCUUUUAUUCCCUUUCAAAGAAAUCAUGAGUAAAACGACAGAUUAUCAGUUUAAGAACACAUACUUUUUUGACUUGACUUAUGAUUCUAACAUAUGCAUUGCAUAACUAAAUGCUUUUACAAGCUUGAUCAAGUGAUAUUGAAUUGUGCUUUGGCAUAAUUGAUAUGCAACUGAACGGGGUAUGAGUCAACACGUGAGCUGAAAAUGUAAUAGGCGCACCACAAAAUGAUGUUUGCGUCAUUCAACUUGCAUUGUUUGCUUCAUUCAACUUGCAUUGGCUUUUUAUGAUACUAUUGACAAGUAUUGGCUCAAAAGGUAGGUUUUGUUGAUUUUAUACAUAGAGCAUUAACCAAAAAUCUUUUUGGGUGAACAUAAACUCACAGAGUGGACAUUUCCCCUCGGAACCACCGCGAUAAGCUUAAUUAACCAAAAAAAGAAUUAUAUAUUCGUCACAGUCACUUUAUUAGAUCAGGCUGCGUUUUUUGCUGUUGAGCAACAUGGCUAUGCUGGUCAACCAGCUAGACCAGCACUGACCAUCUUGGACCAGUAUGGUAAUUCAAGAUGUUCUUUUCAACAGGGGUAUCAAAAGUUCAGUAUUAUAAGGGGCCGUUCACAUUGGAUGUGUUUUUGUGUCCAUCUGUGCUAUUUUUUUUAAUUAUUUCUUUUUUGUGCAAGAAUGCACUCGGUCUGAAUGGCCCCUGCAAUAUUGUUUAGUGACUAAUAAUUAGGGCGUAGAUCUCGUAAAAAAUGUAUGCUUCAGUCUUUCUGCUUAUCUGUACUUACUGCUUUUGAAAACUAGUCUUGUUUUCUUUUCUCCUGCAGGUUCAUUAAAAAGAGUUGUCCAUCUUCUUUUCACUGCUCUAUAAGUCCUCAAGCCAAUGUCUCUCAUCUCCCAAUUAUUCCUGUCUAGCUGCUAUCAAACCUCUUCUAGACAUCAGUCCAUUCUCACUCUGUGCUCUUCAGAAAUGAGCCUGUCACUUGGAUGUCUGGUACACAGGAUUCUUUUUUUACAUCACAGGACAAUUUAAUUCACUGUCAUCUCCUUUUCCAUUUUUGAACUUUCUAUUAAUACACUGCAUCAUCUUUUAAUUGUUUAUCCACCCACCUUAUUCCAGUCCAUUCUCUCGAGUCUUUAGUCAGUUUUUUGCUGUAGUCAUCGCAGUUUGUCCCCUUCCUUAACUCUCCCUCUGGCAGUUUUGCCCCACAUCUUAAAGGGUUGUGACUGCCAUGUGGUCCAACUUGUUUUUGCAGCAGGAGGAGGAUGGGAGAGUAGGUAUGGCUGCGAUGGGUGGGGCAGGAAGUAAGGGUGGUCGUGGUGUGAAAAGGUCAAGGCCCCCUCGAAUGAGCGACAGCCAGGAGGGCAAGAUCAAGCUGGCAUUUUUCAUCACCAUCAUAGGUGUGACUCUGACAGUACUGGGCUUGGGUACAGAGUUCUGGGCAGAGCUUUCCCAGCCAAAACACUUCAGAAACAACCAGACAUGUGAAAUGGCACAUUAUGGCCUUUGGAAAUCAUGUGUGCGCAAACUAUGGGUGUCAGAUAUUGACCCGGAGAGAGAAAGCUGUGGACCGGUAGAACUGCCUGGAGAAACCAACUGCACAUUCUUUAAAUUCUUCACUUCUGGGGAGAAUGCUGUCAUUUUUCAGAAAUCAACAGAUAAGAGUUUGCAUAUAGCUUCAGCAAUGUUGGCUUUGCUCAGUUUGUUUCUGAUGGUCAUGGGCUGUCUGUGUAUCACCAUGUCCAUCAGUAAGAGUGUGCCCUUCUUCCUCAAGCCUGCUACUGUCUGCUUCGUCCUCUCAGGUAUCCUGGUGCUGUUAUCCAUCAUUGUUUUCCACCAGUCUGUACUGGCCCUACUGGCAAGUGAUCACAGUAUCCCUCUCCAUUAUGAGCUGUCCUGGUCAGUGGCAUGCAUUGGCUCGGCUGGGGCCAUUCUCAUCUUUGGAGGGUUAAUGUUCCUGUUACUUUCCCUCCCCUACAACCCCCUGGAGAAAUGUUUCCAUCAGCACGGCAGUAGCAAUGCCUAGCUCUCAGGGGGACUGCUAGAAAAUGAAGUAGCAGAAGAUCUUUUAUACUCUGAUGCUCCUAAAGAAGAUAUACAUUUAUGUUAUAAAUGACUUGCAAACUGUUGAAUAUAAAGAGUAGACAAUUUCCAUAAUGUUUUGCCAUAGCUAGCACACGGGCAUUACAAUUGCUUGUCAAUAAGGUUAGAGAUGUUGAAGGGAUGGUUCACCCAAAAAUGAAAAUUCUGUCAUCAUUUUCUCACUUCCAUUUUGUUCCAAAUCUAUAUGACUUUCUCUCUUCCAUGGAAAACAAAUUGAGAUGAUAGGCAUAAUGUUAACAUCCGUAACCAUUCAUUGUAUUUUAUUUUUUUUCCAUGGAAUGAAAGUAAAUGGUGACCCAGAUUUACACGAUCUGCCCAACAAUUUAUUUGGACUUCAAGGGAAGAAAAGGUAACAUGCGAUUGAACUGAAUAAGGUUGAGUAAAUGGUGACAGAAUCUUCAUUUUUGGGUGAACCAUCCCUUUAAUGCAUAUACACUGAUAUUUUUAUGAUGGCUCUGUACAUAAAAUCAGUGACCAACAAAUCUGUUUACUGUCUCUUUAAGUGCCCCAGUUACACAGAGUGCAAUGCUUCUAUGCUUUGUCCAAUUAUCUGCAUUACUGCGUAGUAAGAGUAGAUUGACGUGAUAUGUUGUAGAGCACUAGAGUUUGUACUACAGUGACUGCUGAUUCUUUGUUUAGAAAUAGGACAUCUUUGCUUUGGCUUUAAUCUUAGCUGUUAGUUUAUGCUAGUUAGUGGAGAUUUGGCAGGUGAUCCAGCAUAGCCAUGCUGUUUACUAGUAAAACUUGGCUUACAAACCUGGUCGACCAGCAUGGUCUUUCUGGUGAAGCUGGUUGACCAAGAAAGUCUUGCUGGUUAAGCAAACCAGUAUCACAAAAUGUGUACCAUUGACCAGCUACUGAUCUUUUCAGCAGGGUUUUCAAUAAACCAAGUAAUCAGUAGACUAGAUACCAUAUUGUCCAUUCAGAGAUUUAUUAGGAUGGUGUAUUAUUUGUACUAAUGUUGAAUUAAGCUAAAUACCAUGCAUAUGAAACAGAUGCAUUUCUAUUAUGUGUUUAAAAAUGAUGUAUGAAAAAUAAUGAUGUGGAAUAGAAAGACUCUGUUGAGCCACAACUCUGUGUAAAUAAUGUGUUUGUUCAGUGUACUCUAGAAUGUGAGAGACACUGUUAAACUAUUGUCCCUUUCUUUUGUUUGUUCUUCACUUCCUUGUUUCUGUCUCUCUCUCUAUUUGUCACAUUGUUUCACAUUCUCUCAUUUUGCUUGAAUAAUAAAUCUCUUUCACCCAAGAAA